UUGAACAGCUGUUGUCACGAAAACAAGAAAUGUGAAGUCGAAAUCGUUUUCCGCACGAAUUCUAAUUGAACUUUGUGAAAGAAAUUUAACGUCGGUGGAUUCUAUUCCUUAAUAUUCACACACAAACCUAUUCCUUCACCUUACGUAUCCGUACUAUUCACCGUUAUAUAAAAAAUAUAGUAACAGUUGUGAAACUAAUAUCUAUGAAAAGUCGUUCAAAUUUUAUCUUGGUAUAUUUGUAUUUGCUGCAUGAAAUGCUUCAUAAUCGGCUGUUGUAGAGGCAACAACAUAAUAACAACAACGUCUGGUAGCAAGUAUUGCCGAUCAGCCGACGGGGUGUGUACGCUUGUGCUACCUGCUGCCAUUUUUCUGUGCCGUGUGAUUUGUUGUUGGUCGCCUUGGGUUGCUCGUAGUUCGUUGGGUUCGACAUUCCAUGAAAAAUAUCAGGUUGGCAAAAAUUAAAUAAGAAUAUCUGUCUUAUAUGCAGACCAACUGCGGAUAAUUGGCCACACCUAAACAAACCAACCAAAAAUAUAAGAGCUAUAAAACGGAUAAAGUGAAUAAAUUGUUUGCUUGGAGAAUUCAGCGUAUUAUUUACUUGAGCGUAUUAUUAUAAACUAGUUGAAUAAGCGAAAAUCGAUUUCGUUUCUGGGCUCGGGACUUGAAAUAUUUCGGCAACACAUCAACUCAUUGGUUAAAAACUGGCUGAUCCAAUUGAAUAAAUCUCAAAUAUGGAUAAAGUAAAAAUAAAAACAAUUGGUGUGCUACGUGAACGCGAGGGUGUUACAAAUGAUAAUGGAAAUGGCGUUUGUCGUGUUAUGACACUUUCCUCAGCAAUUGCUGAUGCUGGUGGUGGUGGUGGUAAUGUUGCAAUAGUUGGCCAAGGAGAGUUUGCGAAAGACGAUAGCGGCGGAGGCGUUGCACCUGCAAACCGUACGACGACUGCUGGGUCACUUGUUCGACAAUUACCAAAAAUGUCUCCUCUGGAUUUGGCUGGCAUAUUGAAUUGCAAACGUAGACUGGAAUGGACAAAGGAAUGGCUGAAAAAGAACCAAGCCGAGUUGUUAAGCAAAGAAAACCUACGUAAAGAGAUAUUAUUUCGAAAUAACGAGAUAUAUCACUUUAAUUGCUUCUUUAACAUAACGGAGCGUCAGUUCAGAUAUUUGGUGACUAAACUAUCCCCAGUUAUAAGUUCCUAUGAACCGCAUCGAAAAAAGAAGUCAUUCAGUGCAGAGGAGAGAAUAGCUAUAACGCUUAAGUAUUUGGCAACGGGUGAAGUACAUUCAUGUCGUAACUAUUGCUUCCGUGCCUCGAAACCUGUGAUACUAAAAAUGAUAGCCAAUAUAUGCCUCAAUAUAUAUGAAUUACUCAAGGAUCCAUUUGUAUCACUACCAAAGACUGAUGAACAGUGGCAAAAUGUGGCCAACGAGUUUCAGCGAAAACAUCGCAUGCUGAAUUGCGCCGGAAAUCUGGCCAUGCAGCAAAUUAGAUUCCAUUCUUCAUCGAGGGUCGAGGAGCAAAUAGACUUUAUCAACAAACAACCACUCAUUUUUACUUCUAUAGUAGAUAUUAAUGAUAACUUCCUGUACAUCGACAUCGAGAAGACUCGAGCGGCGGCUGUCGAUGAGAUAUAUGAAAAAUCAACAAUUAGGCAAUUAAUAGAGAGUUAUGAAGUAAAACUGCCAAAGAGUUAUGAAGCACAAGAAGACAUUUGUCAAUCCUAUUAUUUUGCAAGUAAAAACGAUUUGCCUCUAAAGCCUUAUCUCCUCAACGGACCAACUAAUGUGCCAAAUAAUUCAAAAGUAACAUAUAAUAAUGUUAUGAAUAUGGUUAAUAAACAUACUGAAAAUGCAUUACGUAUGCUAGCCAAUAUAUUUCCCAUACUAUCACAACCUUUGCGCAUUGAUGAAGAGAACGGUCGAAAAAUAAUUCUCGGUUGCGUGGCAUUGUAUAAUUUCCUACGAAAAACAGAACGCGGAUUCUUCAUGCAAACUAAAAAUAUAACAAACAUAACAACGAGAAAUGAUUGGCUGGAUGAUGAUUGCAUAUUAAUAGCUAGUGAAGAAGAGCAUGGCUCCAAUGAAGAUUAUGCACCAAAAGUUACAUUGACAAAUUGCUUUGAAAGUUUAUACUCACAAAAAGGAGAUUCAUUAUUGGGCGCAGCUAAAAGAGAUCACGUAAUAAAACGUUUAGCAGAAACAUAUGGGAAGCUGCAGUAAAAUGACACUUUGAAUAUUACAGAUAUUGUAUAAAGCGUAUACCUAUAUACAAGUGUACGAACACUCCGCAAAGAUGUGAUUCAAAUUCCACUAAAAUUAAAAAGACCUUUGGAGGAUUAUUAGUUACCAUAAUUUCUGCAUCGAUUAAAUCUGAAGCAACAUUAUAAAAGCAGCAGCAACCGUGAAUUUUAGUGUGUAAUAUGCUAGUAUAAUAAUUACUUGAGAACAAUAUGUAAAAAUUUGCUGCAUUGUACAUAGUUUGCCAUUUUAAUUUAAAUACAUUUAUAUCAAUUUUUUGUUUUGUAAGCAGGCAAUUAUACUUUCAGUACUCUUAAAUACCUUUUUGUUAGACUAUGUUUCUUAGAACACUAAUAAUUGGUUAUAAUAAUUUGUUCCAUUCUUUUUUUUAUAUGUAUUUAAUUUAUGCCAAGAUGUACAUACCUUAUCACAUUUACUUAGUUUUUUUCUAAUAGAUUUGUGAGAACAAAUAAAAAAAUAAAACAUGCAUGCA